CUGGGUACAUGAAGCAACCCACAACACCUGAGAACUCAACUGCACAAGCUCUUAAGGAGGAGUGUGUAGAUAUAAAUGAGUGCCAGGAGGAAAUGUGUGCGUGGCAGUGUAUUAACUUGCCAGGCUCUCACCGCUGCAUCUGCCCCAGAGGAUACACACUGGAAAGAGAUGGGCGACGUUGCAAAGACAUUAAUGAGUGCAGUCGGAAGAAUGGAGGGUGUUCCCACCUGUGUGUGAACCAAAAAGGUGGACAUAAAUGUGCCUGUCCACCCUCCCAUCGCCUCUCCCCCUACAGCUGGAAGAAAUGUCUACCCAGGACAACAGCAAACACUGCUGGCUGAGCUGGAAAGUACCUCAAAAUAAACAUUUUAUUAAAUCCAGCCCAGACUGUUGUGUGUUGCCAUCAGAGCUCCGACUGCUGCUAGUAUAUGAAAAUAUACAUGGCAAACAAAAAACAGAUAAAUGCAAGGUUAAUAUUGUUAGUCACAUGUUUAUUAGUGUAUGAAUAUACUUAGAAAUAUAGAACAUAUGUAAAUGUAAUGUAAUGUAAUAAACAUAUUUUUCUGAUGGAAGUGAGGGGAAACUGCAUUGUCAAAAUAAUUGAACAGGCCCUUAAAUAUAAAAUAGGUGCACUGCAUAUGUAUGAUGAUAGUAAAAUAUAUGAUAAUAAUCUUUUUUAAUUUUCUCUAUUUAUUUCUAUCUGGUUUUGAUAUAUAUUUUAAGUAUAUGCUAUAUUUUAAGGGUUAGGGUUAGCAAUAAAAUAUAUCAACAUUUACUA